AUGUCGUGUGAACUGAAGGUUGUUGCAAGUCUGAAUGGGCAUAAGGACGAAGUUAAAGGACUGAAGGCUGUCCGAGUGAACGGAAAUGAGCUGUUGUAUUCGGGAUCUAGGGAUAAGAAGGUGUUUGCCUGGGACCUGCACAGCAAGGUUGAGGAGUCUGAUUAUGCAAGGAUAAAUAAGUUGUAUGACAAUGGACACAGGAGAAGGAUCAAUGGGAUUGAUGUUUCUAAGGAUGGAGCGAUGUUGGUGAGUGUGGGAUCUGAUAUGAUUGGAAGGAUAUGGAAUACUAAGAACAAGAUGUCGAUUGAGCUGAAAGGGCAUAGUAAAGAUGUGUUAUGUGUGAGCAUAAACUCGAAUGACACGAAGAUAGCAACAGGAUCGGUUGACAAGACGAUGAAUAUUUAUAACACGCGUGGAGAGCUUAUAACGAGUAUUACAAAGGAUAUGGCGCGGAUGCAUCGUGGAUGGAUUAACUGUGUGGCGUUCCAUCCUCUUGAUGAGAGUGUGCUUGCAAGUGGGUCUUCUGAUGGGACUGUGAAGAUUUGGAACCUGGAGAUGCAGGAGCAUACACACACGUAUCUUGGAGGUGUUUAUGUUGAUUAUGAGAAAGCAGAGGAGGCUAAGACACAAGUGCAUGAUUAUGAUGAGUCUAAGAGUGUGACAGCAAUGGCAUAUUCUUUGGAUGGAUCAUUACUAGCUUAUGGAGAUAAGAGCGGAAAGGCGUAUCUUGUGAAGCCAAACACACAAGAGCAGAUGUGCAGCAUUGAUGUGACGGUGCCGAUACGAUCUAUUGCAGUUGGAGAGACUGAUGCAGUGAUUGGCCUUGGAACAGACGAGUCUGUGAUUAUCUGGGACACGAUUAGCUCGAAGGUGGUGGCAAGCUAUGAUCUUUGUGAGAUAAUGAAUGGAGUGAAGUGCCUGUCUCUGGUGUUUUCUGGAAGGACGCUUUAUUGCGGACUGUCCAACGGGACGAUUGUUGAACUGGAGUUUAGAAAAUUGGAUUAA